UGACGUGUACGGCCCGCCCCCCUGUUCCAACGAGGCGGCUCCUUCUCUUCUUCCUCGCCGAUGGAACAGUGCGCGGCUUCUUGCGACUCGCGACUUAGGGUUUCUCGGUGGGCACGGCAGCUGCAUUUCCACUCGGCACGCUUGAUCUUCCGGCCUGGAUCUUGUUUCCCUCGGCGAUCUCCUCGAGCCUGUGACUGGGAUCAAAUGCGUUGUGUCGCUCUUGAGGAUUAGGAAUUCCAUCCAGAGGGGGAAGGAAUGAGCUACCGGAGAACUCGCGUUGGGAAGUAUGAGCUGGGACGGACACUUGGAGAAGGUACUUUUGCCAAGGUCAAGUACGCCAGGAACUUGGAGACGAACGAGAGCGUCGCGAUUAAGAUCUUGGACAAGGAGAAGAUUUUGAAGCACAAGAUGGUCGAUCAGAUCAAACGCGAAAUUUCUACAAUGAAGCUGGUGAGACAUCCCAACGUCAUUCAGCUGUUUGAGGUUAUAGGCAGCAAGACCAAGAUUUAUAUGGUUAUGGAAUAUGUCACAGGUGGAGAAAUGUUUGACAAGAUCGCGCGAGAGGGAAAGCAAGAUGAACGUAAAGCCCGAAUAUAUUUCCAGCAACUGAUCGAUGCUGUGGAUUAUUGUCACAGCAGGGGUGUCUGCCACCGUGACUUAAAGCCAGAGAACUUGCUAUUGGAUUCAGAUGGAAACUUGAAAAUCUCAGACUUCGGUCUAAGUGCCCUUCCUCAACAGUGCCGAUCGGAUGGCCUUCUUCAUACAACGUGUGGAACGCCAAACUACGUAGCUCCCGAGGUCAUCAGUGACAAAGGCUACGACGGUUUCAAAGCCGAUAUCUGGUCUUGCGGAAUUGUUUUAUACGUCCUCUUGGCUGGAUACUUGCCAUUUGACGAGCCUAAUCUGGUGGCACUGUACAAGAAGAUGCAUCGCGCAGAUUUUACAUUUCCGCAUUGGUUUUCAAGGGGCUCCCGAAAGCUUGUACAAAAGAUACUGGAUCCAAAUCCGAAAUCACGCAUAUCCAUCUCCAGGAUAAUGGACAAUGAGUGGUUUCAAGUCGAACACAAACCAAUGACACUUGGAAAGGAACAAAGUCCCAACCUUGACGACAUUGAUGCGGUGUUUAAUGGCUCUGAGGAUCAUCUUGUGGCGGAGAAAGAGGAGCCACAACCAGUCACCAUGAAUGCUUUUGAGAUCAUAUCGAUGUCGCGAGGAUUCAACUUGUCAGGCCUUUUCGAGCAUCGUGAGGUGGAACGCGAGUCACGGUUCACAUCGAAACAUCCUGCGAAAGAGAUUGUGAGAACAAUAGAAGAAACUGCGAGACCGCUGGGGUUCCAUAUCCAGAAGAGGAACUACAAGAUGACGCUGCAAGGGUCAAAGCGAGGUAGGAAAGGCCAUCUUUCGGUGUGCACGGAGGUCUUCGAAGUUGCACCGUCUUUUUACGUGGUGGAGCUACGGAAAUCUGGUGGCGAUACACUCGAGUAUCACAAGUUCCACCAGUCGUUCACAACGGGACUCAAAGACAUCAUCUGGAAAGAUCAGACGUAAACCUUCGCAGGAACCAUCCCAGUCUAAAUUACAACUUACAUCCCGUGCUACGGAAGGCUAUCAAAGAGCGACCCCUCCAAGCCUUCCGAGUAAAUGGCUCGGACUCCAGGAGAAAGAGAAGGAGACGAGACGAGCAGUACGAGAGAGCGAGAGAGAAGCAAGACUCAGACCCAAGGCUUGAAUUGAAGCAAGGCCGCGGCGAGAAAAGCAAGGACAUCGCUUCAGUGGACACAGAGGUAUUACUCCCUUUUCAGAUGCCUCCUAGAAACAAAGAAUAGUUUUUCCAUCUCUUCUAUCAGUUUUUUUUUUUUUUUUCCUCGGCCUCUCUCUCUCCCAUUCAUGCUUUGUCGCGUCUCAUGCAUUUGUUUGUACGUAGCACGUAGGUAUAUUUCUUCCUUUUCUUUCUCGUACUCUUUUCUUCGACUAUUUUUCCUUUUUUUUUUUUUUUGGCUUCAUGGUGGAGCUACGGCUCUGCCACACGGAAGCAUACGUCUUGUGGUUUGGAUUUUGUCUCGGCGCUUUUCUUCGUCUCUCCCUCGGUGUGAUUUGCUUUGCUUCCACUCUGGGAAGGAAGAAAGUGAGCUGUGACUGGGCUGUAUGAGAGCGUGAAUUAACGAAUCCAGGACAUGAUCGACAGGACCAAGUUGUGGAUUCAACCAAAGGAAUCUGCGACAAUCCCAAAUCUUGCGCUGCAGGAUGAGAUCACCCAAGCGCUGAGCACGAUGAUGCGAUGAAUGAGAUCAUGUGUCUGUGCUGCUUUGCUUGAUUGCUAGCUUGCGUCUUGGCUCGCUUGGUCGCUUGUCUUGGCUUGCGGCUAUGGAGGAUGUAUGCUUCCUCGUAAAUCUGGUGGCACGAUCGAUUAUAUGUUUUGGAUCAAGUCAGAGCAUCAGCCACCACGUUGUUUCGCUGGAGGAAAAACUAAAGUUUCUAUCACCUUGCCUAUGAAUCAAGGAGUUGAGUGGUCACACCCGUGAAGAAAGAAAGCGAAUAUCGAAUAAUAUAGGUAGCUUUGGUUGAAAUAAAGGAAUCUCUCGGCUUUUGUUGAGAGAAAAAAGAAUCUUCCGCUCUCUCGCUCUC